CGAGGCUGCUGAAUCAUUCGAGAUUCGUCAUCAUGAACCGUCUACUACUCAUAGCGUGCCUGGUACUGGUCGCCGUAAUGGCGGCCCAAGCCAAGCCUGAGAAGAAACAAGGGGAAGUGAAAGCUCUAAAGAGGGCGCUGGAGCAUGCGAAGGAAAAAGCACUAGCUGACAAGAAGCGUGAGAUGGCCAAGGCCCUCAAAGUACGCGCCAUGAGCAGGAACGCCCUCAAGCGUCGAGCUGAGCUGGCAGAGAGCAAACGCGAGGACAAUCGCCUCCCGUUCCCGCCCAAACCCGACCGCGGCCCGAAGCCUUCCGAUCGCCUCCCGAAGCCAGAGCAGCCGAAGCCCCGUCCGGAAGACGAGCCAGAGGGGUCAGGCUUCUCAUCCGACAUCGAGUGGAAGGACUCGUGGUCCAGUGACUUCUCCGAUCUGGAAUGGAAGGAAUCCUGGAGUUCCCUGUCCAGCUGGCUUCCGGAAUCCUGGCUCGAGGAACUGGAAAAGGAAGAAGAUGAAGGCAAGCGUGGCCUCAUGGGCAAGAAAUCUUUGUCGACCCUCAAGAAACUCAAACUGGCCAAGAAACUCCGGGAACACGCCAAGAAGACACGCGCCCUCAAGCGUCACAUGACAGAGGCAGAGAGCAAACGCGAGGGCAGUCGUCUCCCUCCCAAGCCGAAGCCUUCCGAUCGCCUCCCGAAGCCGGAGCAGCCCAAGCCCCGUCCGGAAGACGAGCCCGAGGGGUCUGGCUUCUCCUCAGACAUCGAGUGGAAGGAAUCGUGGUCCAGUGACUUCUCCGAUCUGGAGUGGAAGGACUCUUGGAGCUCUCUGCCCAGCUGGGUCCCGGAAUCCUGGCUCGAGGAACCGGAAGAGGAAGGUGAGGGCAAGCGUGGCUUCAAGAGCAAAUCUGAGUCGACCCUCAAGAAAGCCAAACUGGCCAAGGAACUCAUGAAGAAAGCCAUGAAGAUACGUGCACUCAAGCGUCUCAUGGCAGAGUUAGCAGAGCACAAAGACGAGGAAGGUGACCUCCCGUUCCCGCCCAAACCCGACCGCCCCCAGAGGCCGGACCGGCCGAGGCCCCCUCCGGAAGAGUCUGAGGGGUCUGGCUUCUCCUCGGACAUCGAGUGGAAGGACUCGUGGUCCUCCGAUCUGGAAUGGAAGGAUUCCUGGGGUUCCGUGCCCAGCUGGGUCCCUGAUUCCAUGCUUGAGGAACCUGUUGAGGAGGCUGAGGGUAAGCGUGGCCUCAAGGGCAAAUCCCAGUCGCCCCUCAAGAAGGACAAACUGGCCAAGGAACUCCAGGAACGCGCCAUGAAGACACGCGCCCUCAAGCGUCACAUGGCAGAGGGCAAACGCAAGGACAACCGCGCCCCGAAGCCGGAGCAGCCGAAGCCCGAGCCCGAGGGGUCUGGCUUCUCCUCGGACAUCGAGUGGAAGGACUCGUGGUCCAGUGACUUCUCCGAUCUGGAGUGGAAGGAGUCCUGGGGUUCCCUGCCGAGCUGGGUCCCCGAUUCCUGGUUCGAGAAGCCGGAUGAGAAAGAGGAUAGACCAAAGGCCGAGGAUCGCCGAGUCAAGUCGCUUGAGGCGGCCUUGAAGAAACGCAAGAUGGCGGGUCACUAGAGACGACAAAGAUGAGAUACAGAGACUAUAGAAACCGACUCACCAUCGACUGAACCAACAUUUUUAUAAAAUAUAAGAUAUUUCUUUUAGGGCAUACAAAGGAACUGUAAACUAGGCAAUGACUUUGCACGUAAAGGCUAUCGCUGUUAUACUCGGAUUCUGUUGAUGCAGACUAUUGCAGCAUCCAGUACAGACAUGACAGACGUUAAUCUCCAAACGUCCGCAGAAAUAUGGAGAGUUUAGCAAACAUUUGCUGCUACAGCGAAGUACUUUGUAUUCUAUAAAAGAGACAUGAAACAGUUAAUAUAUAGGGAUAAUAUACGUACAUGUGUAAAACCGACACUUUGCUGUCAACCAGCAUUUUGGAUAGCUUUAGCUCGAAACGUUAUUGAGAUAUUUUGGUACAGGAAAAUUUGAAUGGAUCUUUUCAUAGUCUGACCGACCGUGUUCCAAGACAAUGAAUUGAGUUUCAAUGUACAAGUAUUUUACUGAACUUUCUUUGUAUUAGAUGAAAACAAUUUGUAGUAAAAUCCAAAGCAAACCAA